GGGUAACACAACACGUUCCAAGGAGCCAUUUGUAUUUGAGUACUUGCUCGUGAACGAGGAAGGAUGACGCGUAGUUGGGCGGUAUUUGUCUUAUGCCUGCUGUCUGUUGCUCAAGGCGGCCAGUAUUCCAACUAUCAAGUGAUAAGAGUUGUGCCAUCUACAAAGGAGCAUGUUCUGCAACUGCAUGCAUUAGAACUUCGCCAGACAUGUCACCAGUUGGAUUUUUGGAUGUCAGCAAGAACCGUUGGAAAAGCUGUGGACAUAAUGGUGCCACCAACGGCAAAAAGUUACAUUAAUCUUGCACUGGACACAAUCAAGGCACCGUACCAUGUGCUAAUUAAUGAUGUUGAUGGUCUAAUUCAGAACCAAAGGGAAAGUCGAGCUUUGAAUGUCAAAACAGACGAUGAGGAUGAUUUCUUCAAGGCUUAUCGUACCAUUGCGGAGAUUGAAGCUUGGACAGCUGAUCUGGUAAACAAGUAUGCAGACGUUCUCUCUGAAGUAGAUCUUGGAACAUCUUACGAGGGCCAAUCAAUGAAAGCACUAAAGAUGUCUCCGAAUAAUAAGUCAGGAAAAAAGCAAAUUUGGUUGGAGGGUGGUAUACACGCUAGGGAAUGGAUUUCGCCAGCAACUCUCAUGUACAUUACAAAUAAGAUUCUGGAAAAAUAUGCUAGUAAUGCAGUUGAUGUAAUUGAAUUCCUCGACGAAUAUGAUAUUUACGUCCUUUUUGUAACCAAUCCAGACGGCUACCGGUACACAUGGACCGAUGAUCGUUUGUGGAGAAAAACAAGAUCACCAAAUGAGGGCUCAGACUGCAUUGGUACUGAUCCAAACAGAAACUGGCCGUAUGAAUGGGGCGGCGAGGGCGCUUCAACGAAUCCAUGCUCUGAUACAUAUCGCGGCUCUUCAGCAGCCUCCGAGCCUGAAGUCAAAUCAAUUGUCGGCUUCCUUCCUCAAUUGGAAAACCUUAAAAUGUUUAUUGACUUCCAUAGCUACUCUCAACUUAUUUUGUAUCCAUGGGGAUACUCGGAAAGUGCCCCACCCAUUCCAAAUCUUGAAGAAGUGCAUUAUAUGGCUGAUCAAAUUGCAAGUGGUAUAUAUACAGUGGAUGGAACGGAAUAUAAGAUCGGAAAUUCUGCCAAAUUAUUAUACCCGGCCUCUGGUGGCAGUGACGAUUACGCAUACUCCAUUGGUGCUGAUUUUUCUUACGUUAUUGAGCUACCUGAUACAGGCACGUAUGGGUUCCUGUUACCAGAAGAUAUGAUUAUUCCAACAGGCGAAGAAACCUAUACUGGCAUAAUAGCUGCCUUCAAACUCCUUAAACAAACGACGUAACCAGUUAAAGCAGAUUUUUGGUAACUAGAGAAAAAAAUAGGCAUAGUAAUCCGAUUUUUUUUUGUUUUUGUUUUUUGUUUUUUUGUUUUUUUGUUUGUUUUUUUUUCUUUUGUUGUUGUUGUUGAUUUGCCGACCUCUGACCCGAAACCUUCAUUUAUUAAUUAUGGGAAUAGUUCAACCAAUUAUUUAAGUUGGUUUAUUUUAGUGCAUGAAAGUGUAGAUUAGGAUUAUAGUGUCCUGGGCACGACGUUAUAAACUGCAUCCGGUCGAGUCGUCGGCGACUAAUUCCGACAACCCCAUCUGGUGGUCUUUAGCGGCCGCCAAUGGGAGGGUGGAUAGACACCCAGCAGCACGAAAAAAAAAAAACAGCUGAACAAAGGGCGGAUGAACUCCUCGGAGCCAACGGCCAACCAUGCCUUAGUUUAAGGAGUAGGUUUUUUUAGUUUCAUAAAAUAACUUCAACUUUCUUUUUUCUCAAAAUCACCAAGCGCAUAGAGGCUUUUUCGCAUGAUGCGCUCUACAAAUCCAACUAUUAUUUAUUAUUAUCCUAUUAUUGACAGAUCUGAAGGCAAAAUCUUUAAUUUUGAUUCGAUUUAUUUCACAAAGUCACAUCCAUAUUUACAUUUAAAGUCAUAGCAUGAGCUUAUGAACAAUAAUAUUAACAGGUUUGGUUAUCAUAGAGAAAAGUCUUUAGUUUUUUUGUUGCAUUAUUGCAAUUUUAUAUACGAUCGUAGGCAGUGCACAUUUUUUUUUCGGAGGCAGUGAGUUUCUCUUCCACCAACUGCUAUUGAUUUACAGAUGUAUGUUUGUUAAUGGUACGAUACUAGCGCAGGUCUUUCGCCAAUUGUUGUUUUAAUUUCUAAUGUAUAAAAUGAUACAAUAUAAAUCAUUUAUUCUAAUACAAGAUAAAAAAAAACAAAAAACAAAAAAAAAAAAAAC